GGCUAGCCCCGCUCCCCGUCCGCUGUCAUGCCCGGAGAGCGUCGAGCCUUCACGACGUGAACCGGAGCACCGAGCGGCCGGAUUAGCACCUCGUUCGGCGGGUUGUGGCCCUCCAGCGCCGGGCGGGCGGGGGGUGCCGUGGCGGCGAGUACCGGCGGGCUGAGGCUCACUCCCAGCCCGAUGAGAGGGGACGGGGCUGGCCGCACCGAGAUGGUCCUGGAGCUGUAACACUGCCAAAGCUGUGACGAGCCCCCCGACAAGGAGUGUCAGCAGUUAUCCGUGCCAAAACGGGGCAUCCGUCAAGACUGAAGACAUGUUGACUGACAACAGGAAGCGACACCGCAGCUGUGACAGUGAGGAGGACCAGCAGCUGACACCGCAGGCCAAGAGGUCCGGAGGAGGGCCCUGCCUGCUCGUGUCAGAUCUGGACUCAGAGUGCUCCAGCAGUGACAGCAGUAACGGGAUCAGCAGUCCGGAGAGAGCAAUAGUGGCCACCGCCAGGCCGUGCAUCCACAGCCAGAACAACUGCAUCAGCCCAAAGCCGGAGGACUCUGCCAGCUCCUUGCAGCAGGGUUUCCAUGGCGACGGCAGGAGUGUCUCCUACGACUACAUCAACAGAGUCCUGAGGGAGGCGCACUUCAGCAGUCUUCAGACCAGAGGGCGUCCGGGCUCCACAUGACCGUGACCUAUGACCCCCCCCUCCUGAUCUUUUGUCCCUCACCCAUCGGCGGCGGCGAGGACACCGGUUCCUCCAGCCUGCAGCGACACACUCCGGGGUCAGGUGUGAGGGAGCUAACGCGUGGGGAGACUUCCAGCUCGUCCCCACAUCAACAUGUACCAUUUUGUCAAGACCAUAAGCACAUCCGCCUUUCCAUGGCCCAGCCACUGUGGUUUAAUGUGCAGUAUUGGUGUGUGUGUGUCUGUCUGUAUGUGUGUGUGUGUGGGUGUGUGGAUGCACCCUGUGCACUUUACGAAGAGGUGUCACUCUCUCGACAUGCGUGCGUUGAUGCAUGGACAUUUUCAUUGGUGCUAAUCACAAAGGAGAGUGUGAUGACGACGAUCCAAAGUGCUUGCAGACCUAAAUAAAAGCUCAGCACUUUAUCAGUAACUCCCUCCGUUUACUCUCGACUGGGAAGGUCAGUCGCAUGUUUGCAUCCGUGGGAUGGGAGUGGCUGCAGCCCCGUUCGAAAACCAACCAGAGGAGUAACUCCCAAGGAGCAUUACUAGAACAGUUCAGUUUGAAGAGCAGUCCUGGCCUCGUUUUCUUUCUCCAACCAAAGUUAUUUUCACAGAUUAAAUUAUUCCAAGAAGUCUCGGUGUGGCAGGUCAGCGGGUUUGAAGACUUGACAUGAGCCUCGCCACCAAACUCCAACUUUAGCUUAGAUCCUAGUUAAUUAUAGCCUGUCGGCGGGCGCAGGACGCCGCAGCUCACACACACACACACGGGGGGGGGGGGGGGGGGGGGGGGGGGGCACAGACGCAAACAGCUCAGACAAAUAAUCCAGAACUGGACGUCAACUUCCACAGCGUGUUGCACAUCGUGUAUCUGUGUGUCAUAAGCCCGUCAGCCAUACUCGUUUAUGGAUGGUUACAUAUGACCAGUACACUGUGUUACAAGAAGAGAUGUGAACGUGACUCAUGUUGUGUGAUUUUCCAAAACCAUUUGACAUUGAAAUAAAGUGUUGCUAACA